GUAGCGUCACCUGCUGGAUGCAUUAGGUGCAUUACAGUAAUCGAGGCUAGUCACACGGGCAAUGAGAUAGCUCAGCUCUGGCAGCACUGGCGUGCACAUUUGCUUGUAAACGUUUGCUUAGUGCGGAUCGUUGAAAGAAAUUUUACUAAGUGAAUUUUGUAAGAAAGUUUUAAAAAUAAAUUACUUAUUAAUAAGUAAAGUAAAAAUUAAUUAUUGUUAUUUAAUAAAAGUGGGUUUUAUUAAAUUUAUUUAAGAAAUAAAUUUAUUAAAAAAAAAAUUUAUCAAGUGUUUAUAACCUCACUUUUGAUAUUUUAUUAACAAAACUAAGGUGAUUAUAUAGUUAAAUUUAUCAAGAUGAAUGAUAAACUGAGGCAGAUGGAGGACGAAAUGAGCAGGUUCGAAGCGGAGAUCGGAGGUCAGCUGAUGCCAACAAUAAUGCGUCCAGUGAUUGGGGUUAAUACUUAUAGUCAGGUAGCUCGUCAAUUGGAGCAACAUGAGUUACCAGCACCUUCAGUAGCUGCUGCAGCAGCUGCUGCUACUUUGGCGUUUUCUCCGAUGAUCGGAUUCCCGCCACCACCUCCACCACCACCACCACUUUUAAUUCCUCCACAAGUUGCUCGACAAGCAAAUAAUGCAUCAUAUACAUCCGGACAAAUAUCAAAUUCGUCAUACAUGACAAACAUGAGCGACUCAAUACUAAGUGGUACCCCUAAAUCCUACGAGUCAGUGUCUUCUGGAGCAUCAGCAGCACCAAUGAUCCACCCGGAAAUAAUAGAGCAGAUAAUCAACACCAAGAUACCUGAUGAAGAUUUGAAGAAGAAGCAGCAACCAAAAGUAAAAGGAGUCUCCACCGCUGCCGAGCUGGCAAUCAGCCAGGGUAAGGCUAGCUCUAUCAUGGCGAAUGCAAAUGCCGAGGAGAGCCAUCCUAAGGGCAAGGGCAAAAAGAAUAAGAAGAUCAUCAGGAUGGCUGGUGGUCAGACCUGGGAAGAUCCUUCUCUUCUUGAAUGGGAUGAAGAUGACUUCAGAUUAUUUUGCGGUGACUUGGGGAACGAUGUCACUGACGAAAUGUUGGUCAGAGUCUUCAGUAAAUAUCCAAGCUUUCAACGCGCGAAGGUCAUCAGAGACAAGCGGACAAAUAAGACAAAAGGAUUUGGAUUUAUUUCAUUCAAAGAUCCUUAUGAUUGCGGCAAGGCACUGAAGGAGAUGGGAGGAAGAUACGUCGGCUCUCGACCAAUAAAACUCCGUAAAAGUGCAUGGAAGCAGCGUAAUCUCGAGACUGUCAGAAAGAGGGAGAAGGAAAAGCAGAUGCUGAUUGCCGCUUGUAACAGGUCGUGAAAAAUUAUUCAGUAUUUUUAAAAUUACUGUUUAAUUUUAUUAUAAAUUAACACUCAUUAAUUUGUUAAUUAUUAAUUAACGCCAAGGUAUUUAU